UAUCUUGGUAGGAUCAUGGGUGUUGAAAUUCUAUACCCCAUCAUUAACAGAGCGACAGCUCCUAUAAAAUCAGUGAACAUUGACGAUCUCAGCAGUCAACUUAACAGAACCUUUAUGUUCUAUUUAUCACUUGUCUUUGCUGUCACUAUCACUAUCAGACAACAGCUAGGUGGAUCGGUUAUAGCGUGUGAUGGCUUCCAACGAGACGAAGACUACGAAAGGUUUGCGGAGGACUGGUGCUGGAGUUCUGGGAUCUACACUAUUAAAGAGGCGUACGAAAUGCGGGACAGGGCCAGUCCUUAUCCUGGUAUAGUUCCCGAGGACCUGCCAGCAUGUGUUGAGUUUGAGCUGAAAUCAGGUGGAAGGAUAGAGUGUCCAGACGAGAAAGAUGUCAAACCUCUUACUAGAAUAUAUCAAACUUGGUAUCCGUUUGUUAUGUUCUACUACUGGCUUACUGCACUGAUGUUCUUCCUCCCCUACCAAUUAUACAAAUUGUUUGGUUUCGACAAGGUCAAAGCAGUUGUGUCUAUGUUGCAAAAUCCGGUAGAGGACGGGUUUGAAAAGAAAGAGAUGAUAAAGAGGGGUUCAGUUUGGCUCUAUCUCCAAUCAACCAUGUCUCUCUCACACCAAUCUUUAUACUCUUCAUUUGUGGUGAAACAUAGUCUUGCUUUCUACGCUUUGCUUGUAAAGAUUAUGUUCCUGGGUAACACGAUUAUGAUGUACUGGCUGACUCACAAAAUGUUCAAGUUCGGAUCGUUUGCGGAGUAUGGGUUGCUGUGGGAGAUGAACACGCCAGUUGACAAUGUUAACAGCUUGAUUCAAGAAAAACUCUUUCCUAAAGUCGCCGCUUGUGAAGUCAAGCGGUUUGGGGCUACGGGUAUGGAUGAGGAUCAGGGUAUGUGUAUGCUAACCCUCAACGUUCUCAACCAAUACCUAUUUCUCGCGUUCUGGUUCUGUCUCAUCAUCAUUACUAUCAUUAACUGUUUCUCCCUCCUUUUUACCCUUAUAAACAUCCUCUUCCCCUCCCUUAUGCUCAAACAGUUCCUCGUCUCAUCCUCACUUGAUAGAAGUCCGGCAGUCGGGGUCAUUUCUAAACUCUACCUAGAUUCUGGGUCUUCGAUGAGGUUUAUGAUGGACAUUUUCGCGCGUAACGUUGACCCCAAGCUGUUCGGGGAGAUAUUAGUCCAGCUCUAUUCUCUGUUGGGUGACGAUUCGAAAACCGAGGGGGUGCAAGUGUUUCAUAGACGGCCUCAGAAACAGAAAGUAAACCUGCUGUCUAAGAGCAAGGUGGAUAAUAAGUUGGGGAAGUUUUUACCCAAAAUGGUUGCUCAGAAGAAAAGACCAACAAACAUAAACACAAAAGUUACGCGAUUUAACCGAACAGUGGAUGAACUGAAAGAAUAUAACCUUACGAUGAGAAGUAAACAGCAUUUAAGGCAGGAAAAUGUUACUGAUGAGGUGAGAGAGUUGGAAAAAGAGACGGAUUGUCUUCUUCCUUCAAACCAGAUAGACAUCAGUGACUUGACGAAUAUUAAGUCACGUGAUGAAGAUAAAAUUCCAGAGCCUCAACAUCCCACAUGUGAAUCGGAAGGUGAAAUCACUGAUACAGAUGAUGAACAGCAAGUAAUGGGGGACCCGUUAAUAAUCACACAUGACAUUCACGAUUCUGAUGACAAAGUAGAGGUAAUGUCAGAGGAACCUUUGGAAAUCAGGGAGGAACUUGAAAUAACUGACGAAGAGGACUUAGAAGAAUCUCCUCUAACGGAAGAAUAUUUUGAAAGUAGCUCGACAGUGAAAAGAGCUGAUAUUGAUCCAUCAGAGUCUGAAGAAGAGGGUGAUAUGAAGAGUACGCUGCCUCUUCAAAUACCAAUCGUUAUGUUGAACGAUGAUGUGCUCUCUCUUAAGUCAGUGAAUCUAUAAUGAAAUAAAUUCUACGCACACUUGAAACACAAGAAAAAGUUUUCGAAAUCUUAGAGGACCGUUUGACGCGAAAUGCGAAUCCUGUCACCUGUUUAAGAUAGUUUAGUUUUUGUCGGGUAUUCAAGUGAAGGCUGACAGUGACGGGAAUGCGAAAGUGAAAGCAAAAGUGAUCGCCGAUGGGCUGCAAUGUGUACAGAUUAAGAGAUUACGAUGUUCUUUGUAGCGUACUGAACUGCAGUCCGAGGGCUGAGCUCUAGUCACUUUAUUACGUGACUAACACAGACCAGUUUACUUUUUACCUUAUGCUACGAUCACUACAAACAUCCACACAAUAUUCUUCACAGCACCUAUAUCGAGCAAAGGAAAAUAUUGUCUCUACGAAUUUUAAAAAAUUACUUGUUUCAAAUAAUAUGAA